CGUACGCAUAUUUUUUCCCCUGUUUACAGGCCUUGUGGUUGGAAAUAAGUGAUGCCAGGAUGGGUAUGCUCCGAUCCAGAACUGAGUCGUCGCAGUCUCGGCGCGGGAGGAAGCUCUCUCGAGUAGUGAGGCGAAGAUGCUACAUAUGGAUUUUUCUGCUCUCUAUUAUGUUCCUGGUCUAUGUCUCGCUUGUCGGUCCGGCUACAUUGCACGAGGAAAAGGAACCCCCCCAAGUACCAGGUUUUCAUUCCUCUGGCAAGCAUUCUCAUGGUGGAAACGAUACUGGCACUGCAGCAAACACUACCUGGCAUCAAACUAGAAUUCAAUUUGUGAAUAUUUCUAAAGUGAAAUCUCACAAGAGGCAUGGUCCAUGUGAAGUGGCCUUCAACAAAUCAGUUGAAUACAUCGUGAAGCCAGAGAAGUACAUGAACUUCACAAAGUUUUCACUUGAUUAUGUCGUUCAAGAGCAGCGACAUUACAUAAACAAUCAUUUGCUUCAGCCAAAAUUUGGUGGUUAUCAGACUUUGGAAGAACGCGAAAAUUCAUAUCGAGCAAGCAACCAAACAAUUCAUUGCGGAUUUGUCACAGGAGCGGCGGGAUACCCUAGUACCGGCUUUGAUGUGAAUGAGAAGGAUAAGGAAUACAUGGCUCGUUGCCGUGUAGCUGUAUCAUCAUGCAUUUUCGGUAGCUCGGAUUUUUUGAGGAGACCAAUGAGCAAGCUGAUUGGUACAUAUUCUAAGAAGAAUGUAUGCUUCCUGAUGUUCCUUGAUGAGCUAACAAUGAGAAAACUGUCCUUAGAAGGUAAUGUUCCUGAUGAUGAGGGGUACAUUGGUCUAUGGAAGAUUGUAUUGGUGAAGAAACCACCAUAUACAGAUAUGAGAAAAACUGGAAAGGUGCCAAAGUUUCUGGCACAUCGACUUUUCCCCUCAGCUUGGUAUUCUAUAUGGAUUGAUAGCAAAAUGAGACUACAGACUGAUCCAAUGUCAAUUCUCGAGUUUUUCUUAUGGCGGACAAAAUCAGAAUAUGCCAUUUCAAAUCAUUAUGAUCGACAAUGUGUCUGGGACGAAGUUGUUCAAAACAAGCGCUUAAAUAAGUACAAUCAUAGCGCCAUUGAUGAACAAUUUCAAUUUUAUCAGUCUGAUGGACUUGUCAAAUUUAAUAAAUCGGAUUUGAGUAAUCCUCUUCCAAGUUAUGUUCCAGAGGGUUCUUUUAUCGUUCGUGCUCAUACGCCUAUGUCCAAUUUGUUUUCGUGUCUUUGGUUCAAUGAAGUGGAUCGGUUCACUUCGCGUGAUCAAUUGAGCUUUGCGUACACUUUCUUGAAGUUGAGGAGAAUGAAUGCUGGAAAACCAUUUUUUCUCCACAUGUUUAAGGAUUGUGAGAGGAGAGCCAUGGCUAAGAUAUUCCACCAUAGACUGGAAAAUACAUGAUUUACAGGCGCUCGACGAUUUUGUAGGAGGAGAUCAAACCAGCUGCUGCUUUUAUUUUUGACAACAUUCAUUGUUGAGUUAUUCAGAAAUAUUAUCUUAUAUGUGUUUAUGAUUUGCAGAAUGAAGAAGGGGAUGGAAUGUUUGUUGGCUCUUUGAGGUUCUUCCCUUGUUGUUACAUGUAAUAUUUGGAUUUGU